AUGCAAUCAUUCAAAUUCUGGUCUUUGCUUGGGCUUCUGAGUACUGGAAUAGACUCUGUCAGCGCUAUUCCAGGAUCAGGUGUGAAAUUGAACCGGGACGAGCACAGUGAUGAAAUUCACAGUCCUAGCUUCUGGUCCGGCGACCCGAAGACCCAUGCCUAUACCUGGGAGUCGAAGCAAACUUCAAUUUCGCCCUCAACUACCGUUUGGUAUACUGAGACCACGGUCGCACAUACGACUACCACUUGUCCCCCGUCACCUGAAAAUAGCACAGUGAUUGUCUCCGACGUGUCGACGAUAUCCUGGAAACUUACAAGCACAACAACCUAUUCCACAACCUUGACCUAUGAGUAUUCUUCUAUCACAACAUCACCUCCUCCUAAUCCGUGUCCAACAUCAUGCAAAGUCUCUGCUGGCACGGUCAAUUUGUUCUACUGGCCAACGGAUCAGCCAUACGACUACCCGACAACACACUUCGAUGAGCACCUCGAUUAUACCUUGUAA